ACACGAUCUGCCGCCCGCGCAACAACACGCGUGCGCGGUAAGCGACGCACCGCCAUAUUUAUUGAUGCUCGUUAUAUUUAAAAGUGAAAGUUUCUUGUCAUAUUUUGUUGUUGUUUUAAAAAGUGAACAUAGCAAUUGUUUUAUUGUUUGUUAUUGUUAUUAUUUUGUGUAAUACUUACAUUUGGAUUGUGUUUUGUAAUGAGAAGAAAAUAUUGUUUUGAUUUCGAUGUUAAAAUCUAGUUAAGAUUGUGUGAAAACUAUUGAGGUGAAUAGCUACAGCUGCAGUUUUAAAGUGUCUUAAUAAGUAUGCGAAAACAUUACAAAAAGACUUUAAACAAUCAAAAACAACACCUAACUCAAUAAAAAUAAAGUUGCGAAUGGAAAAAACUAUGUCCUGACACAAAAUGGCUGACUUAAUGCAAAGACUUAGAGAGUUGGGCCGCAAAAAAGAUGUGAACUUGAACAAUAGUGUGUAUUCUGUGGUUUCGUGUAGCGACCUCACACCAGGGAGCGUGGACAUUUGGGUGGACCUUCCGGAUGAGAUCAAGUUUGACCCUCUACUGGCACCCUUCAAGCAGCGGUAUGAACAGCAGCAUGGUAAGAUAGAAUUGGAGGACCAUGCAGAGGGUGAUAAGACAAUAUUUGAUAAGAAACAUGAGGUGGACACGAGGAAGGAUGAUGUGGACCCUCUUAAAGAUGCAGCAAACAGAUUAAUGGAUCCGAUGCAAACAAAGGAUGGCAAGAAAUUGAAGUCUACAAGAAAGAAACGGCUAGACCAAGCAUUGCGAACAGUGAAGCUAUGUGGCCUGAUAGCCUGCUGGGUGCUCCUCACCGUCUCUUUGUUGCUGAACAUGGAGCGAGCGGAUGUGGUGCUGCACACUGCCGUGCAGGGUGGGGAGAUUAAAGAAUACGAGUUACCUGCCAGUGACCAACGGGUAAAAGUAUCAAUUACAUUGACUGGUCCCUUUGCCCAGCCAGUAACCAAUGAAAGCGUGAAUACACUUCAUAUCUGGCUGCAUAGAACUGUUGGUGAUAAUGCAACUGCAGAAUUUGAACAGAAUUCAACGAAAUGGAGUAUACACCUUCAGCCUGAGGGCAUCCUGGACUUCUCACCCAGUUCCACGGAGAGCAGACUCCUAAUCCUUGAGGAUCAGGCGCCUAUACACACUCGAGGACAUCAGGACCUGAACUCCACAUCCUCAUUCAGCCUCAUAACAGAAGAAAUUACCAGAUGGGGCCAAAUUGGAAUGAAUGGUACAAAACUAACUCUUCGUAUGAGCUCCACAAGUAGCAGUAUAGUUCCUCUGACAGUCAGCUAUCAGAUGAACCCGAUUGACCCCGAGGAGGGCAUCAUCUAUGCAACGAUACUGCUCAUCACCUUAUACACCCUUAUUAUAUUUGAGAUAGUAAACCGCACAAUAGCAGCUCUCCUCUCCUCGUCACUCGCCGUAGGAGUGCUGGCUCUAUGUGGAGCUCGACCCACGCUACCUGAACUGGUUUCCUGGCUGGAUGUGGAGACUCUACUCCUACUCUUCAGUAUGAUGCUGCUGGUCGCCAUCUUGGCUGAAACUGGACUGUUUGAUUACCUCGCUGUCUUGGCAUUUGAAAUGACAGGUGGGAGAACAUGGCCUCUGAUCAACGUCCUGUGUUUCUUCACUGCUAUAUUCUCCACGUUUCUGGAUAACGUCACCACUGUGCUGCUUAUGACACCAGUCACCAUCAGAUUAUGCGAGGUGACCCAACUGAAUCCAGUGCCUGUUCUUAUGUCAAUGGUUAUAUUCAGCAACGUAGGGGGUGCUGCCACACCAGUGGGGGACCCUCCCAACGUAAUCAUAGCCACACACCCUUCUAUUGUAAAAGCGAACAUAAACUUCACGACUUUCACGAUACACAUGGGGGUAGGCAUACUAAUAGUAUGUGUGCAAACCUACUUCCAACUUAGAUAUAUGUUUAGAGAUAUAAACAAAUUAAGGCAUAGCGUUCCAAGAGAUAUAUUAGAAUUACGUCAGGAGUUGGCGGUUUGGAGACGCGCUGCUGCGUCAUUGUCCUCAUACUCCAGGGACGAAGAUAUAGUGAGAAGGGCACUUGAAAAGAAGGUAGAGAAGCUAAAUAUGAUGCUAAAUCGGCGGGAAGCAGGGGGCGGUGCCUCCAAGACUGAUCCUAUGUUCUGCUCCACUCUCGCGCAGAUGAAACAGAAGUAUCGCAUUAGAGACAAGCCGUUACUAGUGAAGUCGACUAUAUGCGUUUCCUUCGUCAUCAUAGUAUUCUUUCUGCACGCCAUACCUGAAUUACAACGCCUCUCUUUAGGCUGGACAGCGCUUCUAGGAGCCUUGUUGCUGCUCCUCCUGGCUGAAAGGGAUGACCUGGAGCCUAUCCUGGCGAGGGUCGAGUGGUCCACCUUAUUAUUUUUUGCUGCACUCUUUGUCCUCAUGGAGGCUCUAUCAAAACUAGGUCUCAUAUCCUGGAUAGGCAAUAUGACGGAGAACCUAAUAUUACAAGUUGGCCCAGAAUCCAGGCUGGCUGUGGCAGUUAUGCUAAUAUUAUGGGUAUCAGGUAUAGCGUCAGCAUUCGUGGACAAUAUACCGCUGUCCACGAUGAUGGUGCGAGUGACAGCAGCGAUGGCUGACCCGGCCGGGCUGGGUCUGCCACUCGCUCCCCUCGCCUGGGCACUCAGCUUCGGAGCCUGUCUUGGAGGUAACGGCACUUUAAUUGGUGCGAGCGCAAACGUGGUAUGCGCAGGAGUGGCAGAACAACAUGGUUACCGCUUCACAUUUGUACAAUUUUUGAAAAUCGGUUUUCCUAUAAUGCUUGGAAACUUAUUAGUAGCUUCACUUUAUUUAUUGUUCUGUCAUUGUUUUCUUGAAUUACAUUGAUUUUUUGGAAAAAAUGGUCAAAAUUUCUCCUGAUGAGUCUUCGGGUCCCAAAUUGAAACUAGGUACUCCAUAGAUUUAUUAUAAGACAUUUUCGAACAAAAACAAUUCGUUGAAAUAGUUUAUGAGAUCCCUAUUUUUUCAAAGUCAAAGUCAUAGUCAAAUCAUUUAUUCCAAUUAAACCAUAUUCUUAGGUACCUACUUUAGAAAGGUCAACAAAGAAAGAAAUAAACAAUAGUCUGUUAGUCCGUCCGUCAGUGAAGCUAGGUGCUCGUUCCAAAGUGUAGCUUCGAAUGGAGAAGAACGAGCAAGCAACUACAUUCGUUACUGUUAUAAAAAUAUUUUUGUUGUUAUAACUGCUAUGAUAGAACAUAUUUUUUGAAAAAGCAUAAAAUAUAUAUUAAUCAAUUUUCAUUGAUCAUGAUGGCCAGUCUGUCUAACUAAACUAACCCACUACGCAGGAGAUAUUAUAGUGCACAAGUGUGUGCGCAAACACAGGUGCACUCUCUGUUCCCUCACUCUCUGAACCCGAUGGGACGGCAGACCGACACGAUCGGAGAGAGGUCAGGCUUAGGACCAGGCUUUAAGUACUUUCCUGACCUCCAAAAAAAUUCCGGAGCUGCGGACUACCUAGGUUUACCGGGGCUCUGGUUCGAAAAGCAGGAGUAGGAACGGGGUGGUUUUUAGUCAGUAAGAGUCUGACACUCCCUCUCGCCUUGCCCUGGCGAGAGAAGUCAUUGGAUGAUUUUCAUCCACACCUCAAAAAGACCUCCAAAAAUAGGAUCUCAAAAACAUCUUUUGGUUAUGGGACCCGUAGACUAUAAAAAAAAUACAUCACAAUUUUUUUCAUACUUUAAAAUGUAUUUUUAGUGUUAUGUAUCAUACUGUAAUAGGUGAGCCUAUUAUAUAACACCAGCCAUUUUUAUAUUCCAAUAUUGUUAUUUAAUAUUAUUUUCAAAAUGAAUUAAAAAAAGAAAACUGUCCGAACUGAAAAUCGAAGCUACAUACCUCACGCUUGGUAGACAUAGAAAGUGUUAUUUUUUUUGUUUUCGAUGAAAUUAAAUAACUUUUAAAGUUAAGCGUCCACAGGCCCGCAUCGUACGCAUCGCACGCAACGGAUUUUAGUUUGUCUUGUAUAGAAACUCAUACAACUGCGUCCACUGAUCCGCAUCGUACGGACCGCAUCAUCGGCAAUGCCUACAUACGAUGCGUAUCGAUGACGUCAUACGGAAUGCGUACGAUGCGCUGUGGACGCUAACCUUUGUACAGAAUUAAAAAAUAUGUUAGAUUAAAAAAAUGUCUGAUAUGUGCAAUAAAGGGUGACGGAGUGGGUGUAUAUCUAUCUCUAUCUCACUCGCACUUAUACUCUUUAAGCAUGGCGUCAAUGUUAUAUCGUGCGUCUCUUUUCAGUUAUUGAAUAGAAACAUUUUUCAUAUAAUAAUUAAAAGAAAUAUUUUUAUAUUGAACACCUUUUUAAUAACAAAUAAACACAUAAAAAUAUGUUUUAUUAAUUAUUAUGUUAUCGGCUGCCUCGUUGGUCGAGUGGUCGCAAGUGCGACUGCCGAACAAGGGGUCUCGGGUUCGAUUUCCGGGUCGAGCGAAGUAUUACUGGGGUGUUUUCGGCUUUUCGAAAAUUUCUUAGUAGUAGCACGGAGUCUGGAAUUGUGUCCAGUAUAUGGCAAUAGGCUCACCCCCUAUUACAUGGGACUUGUAACACAAAUGGUGAAAAGUGGGUGUAUAGCGGCAUUACAUGUCGUAAUGAGCACCUCUGCCUACCCCUUCAGGGAUAAAAGGCGUGACGUUGCUUAUGUUAUCUUCUUGAGUAAGCCGAUAACAUAAUAAUUAAUUUAGUAUGUCUCACGAAAGUUGUAAUAAAAUUAAAUAUGUUUCAUGUUGAGCAUAUUAUGUUGUUGGUUUUAAUGAGCUCUAUUUUACCAAUCACUCCUGUUUAAUAGAAAAAACAAAUACCUAAUUAAAUUCUUUAAAAAAUUACACUAUUUGCUAUCCUCUUCACUCGUAUUAAGAGCGAAAGAGAUAGAAUAUCAAAAUAUGGAAACGAAAAUGUUCAGUAAAAUUUAUAUUUUUACAAAAUAAAAUGCCAAGAUACGUAAUUUUCACCUUAUUGUAAUAAAAUAUCUUUAAUUAUCUUUAGCAUUAAAAUUCACCGGUGGGGUAGACGGAGAUAUAUAAAUAUAUCCCUAUUUAUAAUAGGGAAUGAAUCUAUAGAUUUUGUGCUAAAAAACUAGACCGAAAAUUCUAAAAAAUACAUAAUCUUACUAAUACUAAUUUGUAUGUAUGUUUGUUACUCAAUCACGCCAAAACGGCUGAAGGGAUCGGGAUGAAAUUUGGAACAGGGGUAGAUUAUGGUCUAGAAUUACACGUCAUUUCUACGUAUAAAACGUGCCUAGAAGUGACGUCACGCGAUGUUUCAAAUCGAUAUAUCCUCGCAAGUAUUUGUUUUCGUAAGAAAAUAAAAAAUACGUGUCUAAUGUUUUAAAAUAAUCUACAAGACGGACAUUAAAAUAAAAAAAAAAAAAUUCUGUGGAUCAUAUUAGAUAAAGAAAGCAAUACUGAUUACAUUUGAAUGAAUUUUCAUCUACUGUCAUUUACAGUUUAUCCAAGCAAUAAUGAGUUCUAAUACUUUGACUUAAGAAUUUUCUUGAAAUCAAUAAUAUUUUCGCAAUAAAUAAAAAUAAAUUACUAUUAUGUGUCCUAUUCCAUUCGUAGUAGAACUCAAAAUUGAUUGGCUAAACUGGAUAUUCGUUUUUUUAAAGCUUUUCCAUUUUUACCCCUUUUACCUGUUUGAGGGUUAAAAUAAAAUAAGGGUACAAAAACGAAAAUGUGAUCUUAAGAAAAGUAUUAUUGUGAAUAAUUGAUAAUAAUAAAUAAAUAAUAAUGUAAUGUAAUAAUAAAAUGAAUAAAGAAAUUAAUUAUAUGUUA